AUGGCGCGGCCAAGUUUACGAAUGCUGCCAAUCUUCAGACUGCUAACCCUUGUUCUCUCGGCUGCACUGGCCAAAGGCUAUGAGGCCGAGGACGAAUCCCCGAGCAGCCAGUCGCAUUGGUACAGCAAGAUCCCUCAGAUCGUGGUCUUAGACCCAUCUAUGAGACCCAGGGAGCUCAAGGCAAAGCUUUCGGCGGUGGCAGCAGCGACGUCGCAUUUUGGAGCUGAAAGACGCGCAGUCUUGCUCAAACCUGGAGUUUAUCCGGGGGACAUGUGGAUCAACGUAGGAUACUACACCAGCAUCAGCGGAGUCGGCAGAGAUCCCGAAUCUGUCACUAUUGCUGACGUGUGGGUCAGUAACGAUAUCACAGACCAGGCCACGAACAACUUCUGGCGUUCGCUGGAAGGGGUCACGGUGACAGCGGGACGAACGAUGUGGGCAGUCUCCCAGGCCGCGCCCCUUCGAAGAGCCAUUAUCAGAUACGAGCUAUGGCUCUCUCACAAGACUGGAUACUCCAGUGGCGGCUUCAUGAGCGACGUGGAGGUACAGGGGAAGCUGGUGAUGGGUACCCAGCAGCAGUGGUAUGCACGUCAAGUCUCGGUACCGCCCGACGGACUUCUGUGCCCAGCUGGCUGGAAUUUCAUUUUCCACGAUGCUGCAGAAUUUCCGCAGAAAGACGUGCAAGCCUGCAAUGGUGCCAUGAUCGACAAGUUAUCCCAAGUGUCCGGCCUAGAGCGCUCUGCAGAGAAGCCUUACAUUGUUUUUGAGGAGGACGCCGAAGAAUGGAAGAUCUAUGUGCCCAAGAUCCGGAAGAAUCCUCCCCCGGGUGCAAUUGGCAAGGAUCGUGAGUCCCAGAUUGACCGCAAGCUCACCAUAGGUGAGGACGUUUUUGUGGCAACUCCGGAGAUGUCUGCCUCGGAGAUCAGACUGGGCACUCACAUGAAGGCAGGCUUGCUGCUGACACCUGGUAUCUACCGGCUGGACGUGCCGCUGGUGGUGACAUCCAGCGGCUUCGUCAUUCUUGGGAUAGGCUUCCCCACCUUGGUGUCGCCGCCGGGACGAUCUUGCUUGCAGGUGGACGACUACCUGGAAGACGUGAGAAUUGCUGGAAUCAUGAUGGACGCGGCCACUCCUGUCCUAAGCUUCUAUGCGGAGCCGUUGCUGCAGUGGGGAAGCCGGAGCGUGGUAAACCUCGACCCGGCAAAGUCAGAGCAAAAUACAGGGGUCGCAUCCGACAUUUUUGCACGGGUUGGGGCGUUUGGCUACUUGAACUGUGGUAUUGUCAGAGCGAGCACACUCUUGGAAUUCAACACGCACAACUUGAUCAUAGACAAUGUUUGGGCGUGGCAUGCUGACCAUGACGACUGCUCUAACUUUACCAUGACGCCGAACAACAACGCAAAGGAGCCCAUGACCUCCCAUGCGUUCAAAUCUGACAAGUGUUUCAGCGAGCAUGGUGUGGUCGUGAAUGGGCAUAACACGCUGGCUUAUGGCAUUGCCGUGGAGCACAUCGUGAAUGGCCACCUUCUCGUGUGGAAUGGUGAGAACGGGCAGCUGUACUUCUUCCAAGCGGAGCUGCCAUAUCAUUCGAAACUCAAUCUCCAGAACAGAUAUGCUGCUUACGUUGUACCCCCGCAAGUGUUCAACCACUUUGCGGUGGGCGUGGGUGUGUACAUCAUCGAUCAGCAACCGGCCUACGUGGCGGUUGAGGUUUCGGCCUUCACCGACAUCAGAAAGGUCAUAACAGUUGUUGUCGGCGGGCAUGACCACAAAUUCCACCAUGCAGUAUGCCAAGCGCUGCUUGAUGGUUCAACGAUAUGUCAUCAGCCAGUGCACUGCCAGUGGAACCGCUGCUAUUUGUCGACGGUUCCUCGGGGCGACGUAGAGUUCUACACGAGUGGCCGGAUCCGCCCCAUGGCACUUCCAGACGUUCACCUCUUGCCGAAGCCGGUCGUCAAGCACUCUGUCCUCCUGGAUGCAAAGAAGAAUCAGGAGGUCUCUGUGAGCUUUGACGAUGCAGCGGCUGAAGUCAAGUUCGCUGUCAAGGGGCAUCAGGAGAACCACCAUCCUGGACCAAAGCGGAGGUUUUCGACGCUCGUGAUGAUCAUGAGCAUGCCACUCGGUGCAGCAGUGUUGUCGCUCUUCGCUUUUCGGGCGUUCCUAAGAAGUCCGGCUGAUAGCACCGGCAACGAGGAGGCAGAGGACGCGGAGGCGCGGAAGUUGCAAGCUGCCCGCGAAGAAGGUGCAAUGCUGCUUCCGAUCUGA